UGCUUUUGCCUUAGGGGCUAUCUACGUUUUUAAUUAACGGACCGUAUUAAGAACAUGGAAGUGCCUACUGCAGCAUUCUCUUUUGAGCACGAGGAACAGCCGUUCGGAAGGAAUGCGCUGGCAUCUGAAGCCAACCUUAAUUAUUUAAGAUCUGUGAAUAGCGAAUCGAGCUCAUUCAUUAUGGUUCAGCCGAAAAGUCGCAUGGAAGCACCCUCGAAAUUAUGGAUGACGAUGAUUGUUAUCGUCAUGAUUAUUCUUCAAGUUGCUUCGACUGCCGGACUCCUCGUUUACCUUAAUAUGUCCAUGGCCCACGCCCGGAGCCAGGGCGUUUCUGAGGAACUGCGGUGUUUAGGGCUCCUGAAUGCUCUGGAGAAAGAGCAGGAUGUGCCUGAUGGCCUGGUGCAACUCUUUGGUGAACCCUGCAUCAAGCUGGCUGAGGGAAUUAAGGCAUAUAUUUCCAAGGUAACAGAAAACAUCAUCUCCCAACAUGCCUUUCAAGAAAGACAAACAACAGGCCAGCCACGUUCAAAAUUUCUCACUGUUGGGAACCCACGGCCUUCUGCUCACCUCACCCUCAGAGACAGUGGACUACAGGGCCUUACAUCCUUAACCCCUCAAAUGGAUCUCCACCAAUCCUGCCGUCACCUUGUACGUUCCUGGGGCAACCAGAGCUUUGGCUCCCACCUCCACAACAUGACGGUGUCUAACGGGCAUCUGCGUAUCCCCCAGACAGGACGCUAUUACUUGUACGCCCAGGUUUACUUCCGCUAUAUCACACUCUCCAGCAUCAGCCAGCAGUCCAGCUCAGAGAGCCACCAAGUGGUUCAAUGUGUGUAUAAGAAGACAGCAUAUGCACGACCCAUACAGUUGCUGAAGGGAGUGGGCACUAAGUGCUGGGCACCAGACAGUGAGAAUGCCCUCCACUCCAUCUACCAGGGAGGCCUUUUCGAGCUUCGAGCAGGUGAUGAAAUCUUUGUCUCUGUGUCCUCCCCUUUAGUAGUACAUGCAGAUGACUCAUCGAGUUAUUUUGGAGCUUUCCACUUUGAUCUAUGAGUUUACAAGUUGUGGGCAGCGGUCAUGUUUUGAUGAACUACAAAUGGGUCUUUCUGUAGCAUCCCAGAUGAGGACUGUGAGAAAACAGAAGAAAGAGUGUGGGUGUGGAAUAUAAGGAUCUGUAAAGUCACCAUGCUUCCUGUUUACCCAAAAUCUCCACUGACAAAGCUCAAAUAACUCAGGAUUUUACAACCUAAAGACAGAUGCCAAUAUUGCAACCAGAUGGCGAAGUGUGCUCUAUUACCCAGUGCCCAUGCUUUAAAUGAAACCAUUAGAGAAAAACAGCUGAAUUCAUGCAAAGGAGAGGUAGAGAACAAGACUCCACAUUUUUAAUCUUUAUUUAUAUACAAAAGGUCUCUGGAGCGAUCAAGGAUUUUUCAAGGUCACAGUAAGUAUGGAAACCAACAGCAUCACAGCUGAAGUGGGGUUUCCCCUCAUAAAUGUGCAAUGGGAUCUAAAGUAAGGAACUCUCUGGCAUGGAGGGUCUUGUGCUAGUGGAAAAGUGACAGAUACAUUUUUCAAACUCUUUGUAUUAAGGCAGAUAUGAAAUGUGCUGCCCAAAGCAUGGAAAAAAUGUUUUUUAUCCAGAUGUACAUGUAUGCUAGGGAUUUGCACAGCUGUUUCUGCUUCUUUCUAUGAUGGAUACUCAGUGGAAAAAAUGUGCAUAAUUAAGUACAUACUUAAUAUAAACAGACAUAUAGAACCACUCUAAAAUGAUAUACUAAGAUAAAAAUACAAAAAUUGCCCCUCAU